AUGUUGAAACGAUUAGUUGGUGGUGGUAGUACUACUAAAUCAAAGGAAAAAGAAUUGAUUACCAAUAAAAGAAAAAAUAUUAAAAAGAAAGAUGAUCAAACUAAUAGUGUAAAUAAAAAAUUAUCAUCACAUAAUAGAAGUCGAAGUAAUACUGCAAAUACGAAUUCAUCUAUAGUAAAUAAUUCAAAACCAAGAAUUUUAAAAACUUCAAAAAAUGUUUUAAAUGAAGUUAAUUCAAAUAAACAUUUUAAUGGUUCAAAUAUAAUUAUUAAUCAAUCAUCAAAUUUAAAUGAAAAUUCUACUGAAAAUUUUAAAACUAAGAGUAGUAACGAAAAAAUUGUGAAUGAUGAAGGGAAUUAUACAACAUUACCAGAUAAUGGUAAUACUGUUAAUCAUCAUCAUCAUCAUCAUCACCAUCACAACACACGUGAUUCUGAAACUAACAGUAGAACAGUUAGUGAUAUUGGUGUAACUCCUCCUCGAAAUGAUACCCUUCAGGAAACAUUUGAAGAAUAUUAUGAAGAUAAAAAUACUAAUACUAAUACUAAUAAUAGUAAACAGGUGAAUGAUAUUGAAAAACAAUUAUUAUUUCCCAUAUCCACUGAUUUGCUACCAUUUGGGGACGGAUCAAAUAAAGUAUUUGGUUAUGAAAAUUUUGGUAAUACAUGUUAUUGUAAUUCGGUAUUACAAUGUUUAUAUCAUUUAGAUAAUAUUAGAAAUAUUAUUUUAGAGUACCCAAUGAGAGAUCCUGGUAUUGAAAGAAGAAGAAAAUUUAAAACAAUUGGUAAUACACCAAGAAUAUUUACUAGAGAAAGUUUUGAACCACUAGGAAGUGCUUCAAAUAAUAAUAACAAUAAUAAUUCUUCUUCUAAUAAUAGCUCAAAACUUAGUAACGAUGAAAAUUUAUAUAAUGAUUUAGAGACAACAAAUGAUUUACAGGAUAAUGAAAUGCUAACAUCUAAAUUGAAAGAAAAAGAUACACAUAAGAAAAAUUCAUUUAAACAUGCCUUAAGUAAAUAUGGAUCAGAUGCUGUAUUAUCAAACAAUUUAUUAUCUGAUGCUGCAUCUUUUUCAUCAAAGAAGAAAGAUGAUAAACAACAAUCAAAUCAUAUAAAAUCAGGUCCCGUACAUACUGUCAUUAUGUCAUCGGAUUCUAUGACUGAGAGGUUACAUGACGGUUAUAAGACAAUUAUCGUUGGUAGAAAGGAUAAAAAUGAUAAAAAUUUUGAUAAGAUUCGUAAGUCAGUAAAAUCACGUUCAGCUCCAACAAGUCCUACAUUAAGUUCUAAUAAGAGAAUAGAUUUAGUACCCUUGAAUAAAGAUCAAAAUUUAUCUUAUUCAAUUGAACAAAGAAAGAAAGCUGCAUUAAUUAGAGGACCUGUUCUUCAUAUUGAUCAUAUGAUUAACGUAUCUGCCAAACCUAAUCUUUAUAACACUUUGAAAGAUAUCUUUGAAUGUAUUAAUGAAAAUGAAAAUUUGACAGGAAUUGUAUCACCUACAAAAUUUGUGAAGACAUUAAAAAGAGAAAAUAUUUUAUUUAAUUCUUCGAUGCAACAAGAUGCUCAUGAAUUUUUAAAUUUCUUGUUAAAUGAUCUUAAUGAUUAUUUAACGUAUCAUGCUGCUAAUGUACCAUCAAAUAUCAAAAAUACAAUCAUUGAACAAUUCCAGGGCACUUUAAGUAACAGAUCAAAGUGUUUAACUUGUGAUACGGUGACUGCAAGUGAAGAACCAUUCCUAGAUUUCCCAAUAGAGAUUAAAGACAGUGAAAGCAUUGAUAUUCAGGAAGUAUUGCGUCAUUAUCAUCAAAGAGAAAUUCUUAACGGAUCAAAUAAAUUUUAUUGUAAUCAAUGUUAUGGACUUCAAGAAGCUGAAAGAUUAAUUGGUUUAAAGAAAUUACCAACUACUUUAGCAAUUAACCUGAAGAGAUUUAAAUAUGUUGAAGAACAAAAUGCAAAUGUUAAAUUAUUCAAUAAGAUUUCAUACCCUGCAAAACUUUCAGUUGAAUCCACAUUUGAUCCUGAGGUCUCAAAAGAAUAUGAAUUAACAGGAGUUGUUAUUCAUCUUGGAAGCAGUCCACAACAUGGCCAUUAUGUGUCUUUGUGUAAAAGCAAGGUGUUUGGGUGGUUACUUUUUGAUGAUGAAACAGUUGACUCUGUAGAUGAAUCUACAGUUCUUAGAUUUACUGGUGACUCUAAAGACCAAAGUACUGCUUACGUCCUUUUUUAUCAAGAAACAAGGUCUGAUAUAUACAAACAUAGUGACUCUUCCCAACAAACUAGUGAAUCACCUAAGUUAAGAAGUUCUGAUGCAAAUGAGCCGGAAGACAAUAUUUCUCAGUUGAUAAAAUACGAUGAUUUGAUUACAGAAACUAAACGUAGAGAAAAAAACAGACUACAGCAACAGCAACAACAACAACAACAACAUUUAAUGAGUAGGGAAAACAGUACAAAUAAAGAUAAAGGAGUUGAAGGGACAGUUAAAGAACGAACCAAAAAGAAUAGCAGUUCAUCCACUAAAUCCAAACGAAGAUCCAAAAUUUUGAGCUUCAUGAAGAGUUAG